AUGGGACUACAAACAGAUACAGGUUCUUCAUCCUCAUUUUCUCCUGGCUUCCUUCUGCUGCGCACUCUUCCUAUUGUGCACUUUUUUCACCCUUCCCAAGUGGCAUUGAUAUGCGGCAAUUAUACAUCCUGCUCUUUCUCUUCCUCUUUUCCUGGUGACGGAAACUCAGAGUCUUAUCCCCAUUCACUUCUCUCACUCUUUAUCUUUCGACUCCGGCAAUCUGCCCUCCAUUGCGAACAGAUGAGCAAAUUCGCUACUUGUAAUGAAUCUUCGAGUCCUUGCAAGCGGCACCUGUCCUUGCACACUCUUCAAAUAGCAGCAUCGUAA